UUAAAAUCUUAUUUUCUCAUUUUGCUAUGACCCUCCCUUGAUGUCACUGAUAUCCUAAAUGAAGUACAUUUGUCAGCCAGAAUGAACGAAUGAUCAGAGAGUCAUGAAUAUCUCAUCUUUGUGCAUAGUGUGUUACACAGAUUGGACUAACAUAUGUUCCUAGUAAAAUGCAGCUGUGUAGCUUGCAUAUCUCUCACAGAUACAAAUUGUAAUCGGUAUAUGCAGAUACAGAUUAUAACAGGAGAGCCAUUUUUGAAUUAUACACAUAAUACACAAUAGCCAUGGAUAUCCUGUAAAUUGUAUCUUUAAAGGGAUUCUGUGACGGGAAAACCUUUUUUUUACCCCCAAAAAAAUGCAUCCGUUAAUAGUGCAGCUCCAGCAGAAUUCUGCACUGAAAUCAGUUUUUCAAAGAGCAAACUGAUUUUUCUAAUUUAAUUUUGAAAUCUGGGGCUAGAUAUGUUUGUUUCCCAGGUGUCCUUUGUCAUGUGACCUGUGCUCUGAUAAACUUCAGUCACUCUUUACUGCUGUACUGCAAGUUGGAAUUAUAUCACCCCCCAGUUUAUCAUCAGAACAAUUGGAAGGAUUACAGGUCAAAGACAUUUUGCUGCAGUCUUUGCAGAUUUUCAACCAAGUUACUUUCUUCAUUCAAGAGUCAUCUAAAACGCUAUCAUGAUGAUGAAAAGGACCAAGAGCUUAUGGCUUCUUGCCCCAGCUGCCCAUUUACUUCACAGUCAAAAACUGUGGUAAAACACAUGAGGAUAUUUCACUCAAGUACUAGAAAAACCCCUUCCAAUAACACAAGAGAGAAUGUAAAUAUACCCAGAAAUCAUCUGAUGGUCAAAUUUUCUUGUACCAAAUGCCCCUAUACAGACACAUUAUACUACAGUAUGAAAAAGCAUGUUCUUAUGACCCAUUAUGAAGACUUGGUUGUUUCUUAUUUUGGAGAAAAAACAGAUGAAGACAUUGCAAAUGUAAGCUUGAAUUCCACCAUUUCUUUCUUUAAGCUUCAGCCCGUUGAUAAAUUCUAUUGCAAGCAAUGUAAUUCAACUGCCAGCUCUAAUGAUGCACUGGUGUAUCAUAUUUUGACAUCUGAAAAGCACAGAGACCUGGAACAGAAGCUGAGGGGUGACAUUUUAGAAACUAGUAAGGAAAGAAUUAGAAAAAUGCAAACAAAGCUAAUCCAAACUGACUUUAUUCCUAGAAAACCUAUAUUGGCACCCAGAUCAAAUACUCCAAUCACAAUUAAUCACACCAUUAGAUUAGCUUCUGUUCCACAAAAUGGGCCAAGUCAAACAAUGGCGACAUCAGUUACCCAUAACCAAAAUGCUGUGCCAACAUUCUCUGCUGUCGCCACUUCUUCAGGAGGUUUAACCACUAACUCACCUGCUGCAGGUUCCAUUAAUACUCAAGUUAAAUAUGUAACUGCUUCUCUGCCACAGAAUCCAAACAUCUCCCUUCAAUCAUCCCUUUCUCAACCAGUGUUUGUAUCCCAAAGGUUUCCAGUUAACCAAUCUGUUGCAGCAGUCCUUUCUCCAGGGUGUAUUGUUCCUACAUCUCAGACUUCAGUAAGGCCUGCUGUUCUCCCUAUCAACCAGACAUUGCCUGGAGGAUUGCUUCCUGUAAAUCAACCGGCAGUACUUGCAUGUCCUCCUCAGACUUUACAACCUAAUAUUAUCAAUGUGAAUCAAGCAGUAAGGCCUGCAGUUUUUCCAGUAAAUCAGCCUCUUGGUCCUAAUAAUUCUACAGCAAAUCAACCUGGGGUUGCGCAAAACACUUUCCUCACAGCCCCAAUAUUUAGACAGCUCAUUCCAACUGGUAAGCAAGUUAAUGGGAUACCUACAUAUACCCUCGCUCCAAUCUCUGUUUUGCCGGUGGCUCCGUGUCCAGUUCCUGCUGUCAACCCUUCAAAGGCACUAGAACAAAACUUGCAGACCGAUAAAGCAAUGCAAGUUUCACCUUCUCCAGCUGUUGCACCAUCACCUCCUGUUGCUAAGAUGACACAAGCACUCCAAUCAAAAAGCCCAGGCCUUACUGCCACUCCAGGUCCCUUUGGUAAAGAGACCAAACUAUGGAAGUCAUGCCCAGUAUGCAGUGAGCUCUUUCCUUCAAACGUCUAUGAAGUACAUAUGCAAGUUGCUCAUGUCAAAGGAGGAAAUGUCAGAAGAAGAAGAAAUGCCAAAUUGACAGAUAACUCGUAUAGUAUGGAAACGAAAGAGUGUGUAACAAUUGCGGCACAAGCUUCUUUCUUGAAAAUCUUGAAAGAAAAUUGCAUUCAAUGUAUUUCUUGCAGGUGCUUAGCGUCAGAAGAACUGUUAAAACAUCUAUUGAUGCAUGGCAUGAUUUGUUUGUACUGCAAAGCUGUGUUUCAUGAACUAAGGAACUUUGUCUAUCACAUGAAAAUUCUGCAUUUAGGCAAAAAGAAACUACAUCCAGACUUUUCCAAGAAAGCAUUUGAAAUCCCCAGUGAUUUAAAUGGCAAUGCACUUUUCCCCCGUUUCGAUUUCAACUUAAAAGUGUCAAAGGAUGAGCUUGGAGACAGAGAGAUAAAUCUUGUUGUAGUAACAGGAACAAAUUCUCAAACUGCUGCUCCCAUAUAUAUUAAAAUCCAGAAUAAAAAUACUGAUUUAGGUCACCAGCCAAACUCUAAAUGCCCCUUUUGCAACUGUGCUUUAUCUAACACAGAAGGGUAUGAGACACAUUUAAAAGACAGGCACCAUAUCAUGCCAACAGUUCAUACAAUAUUAAAAAUGCCAGCUUUUAAGUGUGUCCAUUGCUGUGGUGUCUAUACAGGGAGUAUGACACUCUCAGCUGUUGAUGUGCACUUACUUCGAUGCCGCAAUGCACCUAAAGAUAGCAGCUCUGGAAUGGAGCGUGAUAAUGCAAAUCAGUCACUUUCUCAAGCAGAGACAAAAUGCACUCUUCCGACAAGUAUUGCAGAUAAUGAGGAAAAUGAAUUGUCUGUGCCUUCAAAAAGAAGAAAGGUUGAAGUUAACAUGGACCCAUCAGAAAACCCUGAAGAAAUUUCUCUUGAUAUCCUUGCUUUGGUCCCAAACCAAUCAGAAACUUCCUAUGACUACAAAAAGGACUUUUUAGUCAAAUAUUUUAACACAAGGCCAUAUCCGAGCAAGAAAGAGAUAGCGUUGCUGUCCACAUUGCUAGAUAUGUGGAAGACUGAUGUUGCAUCAUAUAUUGGCACAAGGCGAUACAUGUGCAUGAAAGCUCUCAAGAACCAUAAACAGCAGGUGCUACUUGGAUUUCAGAUGUCUGAACUUAAAAAAGUAAAGCAUAAUAUUGACUUGAAUGAAGAUUACUAAUUGCAUUUCCUCUGAUAUACUAUUGUAUUUCUAGUGACGUGUCAAGGCCCUCACUUUGCAGAAUAGCAUGUAUCUUAUUUGUAUUCACUCUGUGUAACUUUUGAUUACAAUUUUUAAUCCAAAAAAACCCAUAAUCUUAAACGUUUAAGGUCCAUUUCUUUCCCCCCCCCAAUCAUCAUAAAUGCCCUUCAAACCUACAGUGUUAUUCCUUGGGUAUAAGUUAGGUCAGAAGUUUUGUCUGCCAUUUUUAUAUUUAUCCUAUUUGGUUUUUGUCAGGUUUUACACUAGAGCUAUUUUAAGCACUUCUAAGGGGAACUGGACACUUUGUGCAGCAUGAUAAACUGUAGCCUUUGGAUUUAAAAUGCAUUGUCCAAAAUAAAAUCUCAUGCUUACUCUCUAAGCAAAGUAACGGUCAUAGUCCCAUAAAAUGUUUGGCAGAUAAGGCACAUUCUAGGUUGACAGGCUAAUUGGGAAAUUUCUAGUUUUAAGAGCUAACGUUUACCUUCAGGAAAUAACAGGGAGGGCAUAGUGGGUCAAUUCUCGAUAUUCAUUAUUUUCUUUCAUUCUUAUUGGCAUUUCUUUUAUCAUGAUUCAUCCUGUAUGUAUGUAUGUAUGUAUGUUUGUAUGUAUGUCCGAUUAUUGCCUUGUAGAUCACCCUGUAUCUUCUGGCUUUUUUACAAAAGCAUUUCAGAUGUUGCUACAUAUAUCUGAUUGGGGUUUACUGAAUGAGUAUUAAUUAUUGGGGUAGCACAUGGAUCAAGAAGACAAUCAAUGCGGUACCUGUCAGUGCACACAGUACAGACUGCAUGAAAGACAGCGGGUUGCCAAGUGUGCCACUAGUCUAAAUCGUUUACUCAUGUUACACAGCAAUUUUUGGAUUAGCUUUAUUUUUUUGCACUCCAGUUUAUUUAGGUCAUUUUGCAACGUCAUAAGCUAGAAAGUCGAUACACAAUAUAAAUGAAAAAAAAUGUCAAUAUCUUGAUUAUGCCAAUUAGAAAUUUUAGUACAUCACUGACCCAAUCUACCAUAUUGCAUUGCUCCGCGUUCGAAUAGAAACCAAGUAAUGAUAAGCAAGCGGAACACACAAAACAGACUAGUUGCUUAGGUGACUUCUACAAAGUUAGUCUUGCCUACCUACUCUUUAGUGGCAUUUGAUGUAUGAUUACAAUAUUGCGUUGUCGGCUGUGGAUUUGCCUACUACAGUUUUAUUUUGAAAUUAACAUACAAAUAACACUUAAGUUUUUGCAUUUAGUUAAUUACUUUUCAUGUUACAGGACCUUUGUUUUCAAAGGUUUAGGAUGCCCUUUCUUCAAUAUAUGAGGUCCAAAUAGGGAUGUGCUGAACUUUUUGCCUAUUGUUUCAAUAAAGAAAACUUUGUAGUUUUAAAAAAAUUAUUGAGCUAAACUGAGAAACCGAAGCUAUUUCAUUCUUUGAGGUUGAUAACCCCCCCUGUGUUGUGGAAAAUAGCCUCUGCCGCAGACAAUAAUGCCGUUGAAAAUAAUCUUGCCUUUGAGGAUGAGAGGAAUUGCUGUGGUAUAACACAUGAAUUGAGCAUAAUAGCCUUUGAUUCUAAAUGAUUAAUAUGUUUUACCCAUGGCAAUUCUGUAGGGCUAAAUUUUUUGUUGGUUAUGGAAGAGGCAAUGUUCCAUUGCCCUUAUGGACAUGUGUUUAUCUUUUAGCCAAAACAGUCAAAACAAUGGGUGAAGGGAGGGGGUUGUUUGUACUUAGUGUUUAAUUAAUUGUAAGAUAGGAAGUGUAAAAGCAAAUUAAUGCUUUUACUGCAUUGUAUAUUUUUUUUAAUUAAAAGAAUAGGCAGAAAGUAUUUGAGCACAAGUUCUGUUUAUCUAGUGUAUGUUUAAAAAAAAAAAAAAGUGUAUGCUGCCCUUUUUAAUAUAUACAAAUGUACAAUUUGUUACUAGCUUUAAAGGAUUCUGGGACUUUAAGCUAUAGAAAAUUCCUGUCAUUCGGCACCUUCAUUUCUACUUUGCCGUAUUAUGUCUAGUUAAGACUGCUAAUGUUGACAAAAUGGAUUUAUUUAAAAUAAACAUUUGAAAUGAUUAUAAAGGCUACGUUUUAAUCUGUAGCAGAAAUGCAGUGCAAACAAUACCGUUAUUUUGUAUAAUGGCAGAAGAUUCCAUUAAAGGCUUGUUCAAAAUAUGUAUUUUGUGUGAUGCCUUUGCAUGGCUGGGUUACUUAUUUAAUCUGUAUGAGCACUUGAAGAUCUAUGAAGACUAAAUCCAAAAUAUGAACAUUGACGUAGUGGAAAGAGAUUUAUACUUCUCGUUGUUGAGAGAUGCAUCUGUUUAGGCAAUGGUUCACAGGUUUCAUGUUUUCAGGAUAUCCUCACAGGAGUACAGGAAGAUCAGUAAGUCUACCAGGCUUCGCUAAGAAAAUGUGCUUGUCUGAUCCAAAAUGAAGUAGUCCAACCAUUUUGCCUGAGAGCCAGAAAUGCAUCUUUAAUCACUUUCUGUGUUGUAUUUAACCGAAAACAUUUUAAUAAAUGUAAAUUAUUGUUGGGAUCCUGCUAUUCUGCAAAAUGCAUUUAACCUGUACCACACACUUUUAAAAAUGCACCUUUGUCUAUCACCGCUUAUGUUGGCUUCAUAACCAGAGCUGUAUUUCCUCUCCUGUACUCUGCUGUACCACCUGAUCUUCCUUCACUCAUGCAGAAAUGGGUUAGGAAUAGCAAUCAUGCUCUGUAUUAUAAAUCACAUUAUAACAUUUUCGUUACAGCUGGAUGACUAUAGAAAACUGGCACAAUGUCAUCCUAAACUCUUCUUUCUCAUAAAUACAUUACCAUUUGUUUCCUGGGCCUAGAUUGUAAGCAAGCAGGAAUAAGAUACUAUAUGCCAUUUUAUUUGUUUAUUUUGCCAGGUUUUCUGUUUGCUCUAAAAUGUGUUGGUGCUUUGUAAAUAAAAUUGUAUUUAGUUUUA